UAAAGCGAUGCUGUUAUGGUCCGACGGUGACGUUUGCAAAUCUGGCGUUUGUGCUUAUCGCAGUGCUGGGUUUAGCUGGGAGUGCCUUGCAGCAAAGCGAGUGUAUUCUCGGUACACGUCAACGUGUGACCUGCAGGAACGGAUAUAUAUUCGUUGAUACGCUGGACGGACACGUUGGACGGCUGGUUCGAGUUUCACGGACAUCCGAGUCGAUCAGAAUUCCUUCUCGAGGCCUAGUGGAAGGCGUGAAUCCUCGGGCUAACCUGCGCGCUCCGGCCGGGAUGACAGGACAUGCUGCCGGGGAGAGCUGUUGAUGUCUUACGCUAAUCUUGCCCAUACGAGGGCAAGCACCUGAACUCAGAGAGGAAACGUAGGUGGUUUUCUGAUGAGGCUGCCAUGGUGUUUCUGGAUGUCAGGGUUUGAAGUCACUGCUCGCUCCUGUGGACCGUGUUGAGACCUGCUGCACUUGAGGCUCAGAUCGCCACACACUUACGACUGAAGACCAGCCAAACCUGACAGACAUGAACCGAUACCUGCCGGUGGCACGGCAGCACUUCCUGACUGCUCUAGCCAGCACAAGUGUGGUGGUGAAAUGUAUAUGUGUCACCGUGUUUGUGCUUUACCUCAUCUCGUGGCUGGCGAACACACAAGUGGCUCUCGCAAUUACACCCGGAUACCUCUUUCCUCCCAACUUCUGGAUCUGGACUCUGUUGACACACGGUGUGGUGGAGCAGCACGUGUGGGACGUAGCACUAAAUGUGGCCACAGUGAUCACUGCAGGGAGACUGCUGGAGCCUCUAUGGGGCGCUCUGGAGUUACUUGUCUUCUUUGUGGUGGUGACCGUUGCUGCCGGUUUGCUUUCGGGCCUCUCCUACGUUCUCGCCUACGCUGCCACCUUCGACCUAAGCUACCUGUUUGAUGUGCACAUCAGCGGCGCGCCCACGUUUCUCGGUGCCGUCCUGGUGGCUCUAAAGCAGACGUCAGGCGACACGACUGUGCUUCGAGUGCCUCAGAUUCGUUUGAAGGCAGCCCCAGCACUGGUCCUGCUAACAUUAGCUAUCUUGCGGCUAGCUGGGCUGCUGGAAACCUCUGCACCGUUAGUGGGAUGCAGCUAUGGUGCAUUAGCAGGGUGGGUAUACUUACGCUUCUACCAGAGGCACAGCCGUGGGCGUGGCGACAUGUCAGACCACUUUGCCUUCGCCUCCUUCUUCCCAGAGGCACUUCAGCCGGCAGUGGGCCUCAUCGCCAGCCUGGUGCAUGCUGCCCUUGUCAAGAUGAAGGUGUGUCGCAAGAUGGUGAAGCGCUACGAUGUCGGCGCACCGUCAUCCAUCACGAUCAGCCUGCCUGGCACAGACCCACAGGAUGCCGAGAGGAGACGGCAGCUGGCGCUGAAAGCUCUGAAUGAGCGGCUAAAGCGAGUGGAGGACCAGUCUGCCUGGCCCAGCAUGGAGGACGAGGAAGACAACGACGACGACGAAGUUCGGACAGACGCGCCCCUGCUCCCGGCUCGUGACCCCUCGCCGCCAGCUCCCAGCACUACCCAGAAUUCCACAGGGCAAGAGUCGAGCAUUAUAAGCUUUGAAGACGCCCCCACUCACUCCUAACACACACGCACAAACACACAAACACACGUGUACAUGCGUACAGGAACCGUCGAGUUCAGCCCUCUGAAUCUGAGACACAAUCACAACACCUGCUGAAGAGGCGGUGAUGAUUUACCCUCGAGAGCAAGACGGCUUGCCAUAGGUAGUUUAUAAAUCUUGAUCAGUUCUAAUAAACGCUCUUACACAAACAAGCCUACAAGUACACUGAUUAUGUUCAGCUUAGACGUUGUACAGAUGAACUUUUCUGAAAGUGUGUAUCUGUAGCACUCAUUUUUUUUUAUUUGCAAUGUACAAACAAACUCACUUCUGUGUGUGUGUGUGUGUGCGUGAAUGUGUGUUUGUAUUUGUGUGCGUAAGGAUUCUGGAUGGAGUUUGUUCUGAAUAAAUGCUUCAGCUGCUGCUGGGACAUAUUACUUCUAAUUUAAAUUAGCUACAAGCUUACAGGCAGUUGACUGAUGGGUAACUCCGAGACUUUGUAAACUUUUUCGCCCACCCCAGCAGCAGGUAACAAAGCAAUUGAGGAGGAUUUUUUAUGCAUACACCUUUUUUGCUUGGAAAUUGGGUUUAAAUGCUAUUCGUGCCUGUUCCUCACUGGCAGAGACUUUCAGAAAUCAUUUCAGACAUUAGCUGGUUUGCCAAAGGUGGACAAUUGUCUGAGGAAAGAAAUGGAAAAAAAAAAAAAAAACAAGUUGUGCUCUGUGUUAUAUUAAUGUUGGUAGGUUCCUUACAUUGAGUUAUUAACCACAGAGGCAUCUUUUCUCGUGUUUAAUUAUUUGCUCACAUCCACACGAAUUAAAACUAGCUAUGAUUCACGAUGAUAUCUUGUAAACGUAAUUACCUGCAAGAGGUAAGGAGCUGCAAAAUAUGUGCAAGUCAGUAGGAUGCAGAAAUUUCAGUACCUGAACAUUAGUCACAAUAACAUAAGUAGGUUUUUUGUUUGUUUGUUUGUUUUUUACAUUUUUUAAGCACUACUCCCUGCAGUGUUGUGGUUCCUCACAAUCCUGAAGUGUGGAUUAAGAAGUUUGCAUUUUAUUGACAUUAUGAGGAGCUGAAUUUCCAAAACAGACUAUUUUGUAGCCACCAGCAAUCCAAAAGCCUUAAAUAUAGGUGCAAUGAUUGUGACUGGAACAAGUAAACAACAAUUAAAGCAUGUUUAACAUGGUGUAACGUGAGAAAUGAGUAAGACAUUUGCUUUUUUUUGUCCCCUGUCUGUCGUGUCAUGUGUCUUGAGGCUCAUUCUUUCCCAUGGAUAAUAAAGCAAACAUGCCAGCUGUGGUCCAUGCACACGUUUGUACAAGAUGCACCUCUAGGCUAUAACUUUAUGAUUAUCAUCCAUUUUCUUUUGUGCGAGUGUGUGUGUAUGUGUAAAAUCCAGAUUUCAACUAAUGACAGCAAUACAGCCGCAUACUCCAGUUCUACUGUCCACUCCACCUUCCUUCUCUGUCAUUAUCUAUCAAGCUUCAUGAACUAAGGAAUCAUUAAGGAAUCAGUUUAUCACUUCUAUAUGCUAAUUUUUUUUUAAAAAAUAAAUAAAAUCUACACGGUGUAAAGCUGAACCUCAAUCAUUAAUACACACUAUAAUGUUUGAUGUGUAUUGCCGUCAUUCCCUAUGUUGAUCUGCGUGAUUUUUUUUUUUCAGUAUUUUUUUUUUUUUAAAAAGCAGCAUUCAAGAAAUCAACUUACCUGCUCUAUCAUUCUGUGUGAGGGAAAGACGUUUUGUACGUUUGAAUAAAAAGUGAAUGUAUUCGAGAGAGCAAAAAAAGAGAGAAAACUGAGUAUGUUUUUAUAAAGCAGAUUUUUUUUCUCUACAGAUUUGACAAAUGUUCAGAGACAGAGGGAAAAGGCUUUGGGAACAGUUUAUAGUAACUGGUUGUAUUUCCUCACUAAAUAAUUUUUGUUUGUUUAGGCUGUUUAUUUUCUGCUGUUAAUCUUUUCCCCCUUUCUAGCUCUAAGUCUCAACACUUUUCUUUACUCUUUUUUCUUUACACUUUUCACGUCUCCCGAGUUCCACUUCAAAUUCUCUCUCUGUCUCCAAUAAAAGGUUCUAUGGAGAACA